GUCAAUAGGAAUUAUUAAUUAGUCAUGAAGAUCUGGUUUGCUGUGGCACUGAAUGUUUUUGUAUAUUUUUCUCUUUCCCUCGCUCAGUCUUGCUCUCACGACACUUCUCCCACUCCACAGACCUUAAGGAAACAGGACGGGGGGCUAGCCUUCCUUCUCAGUAGCGCUCGUAACGUCAGAAAAUUUUUCUUUGGCACAAAUGUCGAGUACGAUACUUUGAGAAAUACUGUAUCACUAAUUUAUAAUGGAUCCACACCUUUUAAUGAGGAUACUUUAUUUGAUGCAUCAGUCCAAUAUUUAUCAACCAACCUAGUGUAUUCAUUAAUAGCUCUAGUCCUCUCUCUCUCCCUUUUGCUCCCAUUAUUGUUAUUAUUCUUGUUCUGUUAUUGGGAGAAAUGCUCUCACUCGCAUGACGAGGAGAGAUACGAAGAUGUUGAGCAGAGACACUCAUCGUUGACCUCUCAGUGCGUCAGCUGGGGCAUUGCCUUGUGCUCUCUUUUUACUAUAGUCCCUCUGUUCACAUUCGUCAUUAUAUCAUUGAUUGGGACAGAGAGGAUCAGUCAGUCACUCUCUGAUUCUGUGGGUGUUGUCAAUCAAACUCUGCCUGAGUUAGUUGAUAUACAUAAUAAUGUCUUGUCUAAUGUUCAACGCAUCUUGCAAGAUGAGGCUCAAUUUUUGAACAAUUCGUUUUAUACAGAUCAUAUUUAUCCAUUUUCUGGAAAUAUCAAGCAAUACUUAAAUAAUUCUCUGUAUGACAAUGUUACUCACAUCUUAUAUGAGGUGUCUGGUAUAUCGGUUGAUGCAGAAUAUGCUGGGUCUUGGGCCUUGGGUCUUCUAGAGUUUGAAAGAGCUAUUAAUAAUGAGACUGAUAAUUUCAUUAUCCUAUUGGAUGAACUAUCUUCUCUUAUGAAUUUAUGUUCAAAUUAUGUUAACUCAUCAAACCAUUUGCUAUCAAUCAGUUGUCAGAAGCUGGUCGGCCUCUCUCCUCCUCCUCCUUCCUCUGUCACUCCCUUGUCCCUCUCAUUGUUCAAUGCUAGUCUACUCCAGACAAUAGUCAGUACAAUGGAAGAGACAGAGAGCCUCAUCUCACCUUUAUCUAUUAACGGAAGGAUUUACGACUUUAAUGAGUAUUUAAGCAGCGUGGAGGACAAUGUCAGUGAUGUUAUAUUCACGCAGUUCCACAGUUAUCUUCAUCCACUAGUCACUAACAUGUCAAUAAUUGCUGAUCAUAUUCACACCUUGUACUCUCCUAUCACUUACGACUAUCCACAAUCACAGGUCAUUGUAGAGAAAUAUUUAGGACCAAAUUAUUUGUCAAAUGUUAAUGAGUUCCAAGUCAUCAUUUCAGUCUCUUUCUCCCUCUCUCUCUUUGUCCUUCUUGUUGGUGUCAUCCUCACUGUGGUCUAUGGUCUCAUUAACAUUAUAUUCAUUUAUCUUUAUGGAGAAGACUCUGCCUACAUAAGAGCCAGCCAUCAAGCAGGUCUUGUACUGAAAAAGCUUUCCUGUUGGUUGUCAGUGUCAGGGAUUGUCUCCGCCAUCUUUUUCAUCUUUACGCUUUGUCUGGCUAGUCUCCUUGGCAGGUCCUGUGGUGUCCAUGGUAACUACACAGAGCUGAUUGAUGAAGUGAUUGAUAAGAACCAGUCCUGGGGUGAUGUGUACCCUCUUGGUAGUGUCUACCACAGUCAGCCUUCAUACCCACUCACUCUUCACUCUGUACUCACUGAGUGUUCAAUGAACGCUUCAGCUGUUGAUGCACUUCAGCUCAAGAGUGUCAUGAAACUUGAUCAACUAGAAAUCAGCAAUGAUGACUACAUUCACCAGUAUGUUUCGAAUAUUUCAAAUUUUGCCUUCAACUCAUUCCACCCUCACUCACUCCUUGGUACCAACCUCCAGACCUCUCUUCAUCGUUAUCUGUCGCUCAAUUGGUCCAAUUCCUCUUCUCCUCUUCCCAUCAACCUCUUCCAGCCUCUCUCCAUAGAAAUUAGCAACCUCCAAGAUAUUAUUAGCAAUAUAAGCUAUGCACUGGAUAAUGAUACACUAAUAACUGUCUUUAAUAAUUCUCUCACUGCCAUCAACUCCGCUCUCCCCUCUCUUGUUUCACUGGAUCUUUCCUACAAUUCUCUAAGAGAGGAGCUUCAAGAUAACAGCUCACUGCUUUCUGAGGCACUGGGUCGUGGGACGGAGGGACAUAGUCUGUUGGAUCAUGUUGAAACGGAGGAACUGAAUAUUAAUAGAAAGAUUAAUAGAUUUGUUUAUAACAGAUCUUGCAAAUUAGCAACUGAUGUUAUUGGAAAUUGGAAUGCUUUCUCGUUAAGCUCUGCAAAUUUUCUUUCGUGUUCCGCCGGUCGUUGCUAUCCUCUGUACAGACUAUUCCAUCAAUUUACUGACUUAGUAUGCGGAAAUUUACUGACUGGUCUUGAUGUGUAUUGGAUCUCAGUAUCAUGUGUUUUCAUAUUGAGCUUAUUUGCACUAGUUCUAUUAUUAUUAUUAUCAUCUCGUCUUCUUGAUCCGAAAUUGCUGACGCAGCAAACUCCAGUAAUGUUUAUCUUUUCUUUUGUUAACGAAGCAACGUCUCAAUUUCUUGGUGUUAUGUGGCUGUCUCUUGUCUAUGGCAUUAAUAUUUGGCUCGUCGUUGCCAUAGCAACCGAUGAUCACCUGUGUGAGGGUGGGGACCCCUGCUGCCCAGGAUGUUGGGGUACUGGUGUAGCACUCCUGUUAUUAUCGUUUCCAUUUUGUGUGUCGUUAAGAGUCUACCAAUGGAUCAUGCUCCACAGAUUAAGAGUUUAUGAAGGAGUGAAGGCUCAGAGUGUCCAGAGGUACUGGAUGAAGAAGAUCAACGCUACACUCUUCUACUCUCAACUAGUCCUGUUCUUCACUAUCCAUGUUCCAUUUCUAGCUAUAUCUGGUGCUUACAUUAAUUCUACUGGUAUACUGACUGGUAUCUCUUUUCUCUCUUGCUCUCUCUCCCUCGUUGGCAUGGCGUGGAUGGUGCUACUCCUAAUAUUGGAGAGGAAGGAGUUACUGGGGUACAUGUCUCUAUUGCAGGACCAGUUGUACUGCUGCAGGAGCAGAGGCAAGUUUAUACCAACGCCAGUCUCCCCUGAUGUGCCUGUGGGCGGAGUCCCAAACGGUGUCAUUACUUCGCAGCCGACGGACGAGUUUAACGAGACGGAGAUGGGUGUGGUCAAUUCACCAUCACCUCCGAUAAGACUGGGACCUGUAACGGUACUGCCUCACCUCAGCGAAGAGGAGGAGGAGGAGGAGGGAGAGAGGGAGGAGGAGACUGAGUUUGGACCAGAGAGGGUUAAUGAGGAACCCAUUGAGUUACCUACUGGGACUCCACCACCACCAGAGGAGGGCACUAGGGAAGAGGAGGAGGAGGAGGAGGAGGAAAGCAACAGAGAAAUUGCUAAAAGGCCAUCAUUAUGGCUUGACAGGAGAUCAGAAGAGCGUGAUGGUCAGUACAUAAGGACUGAUCCUAAUCCACACUCUAUGUACACUGGAGUGGAAGUGGCUCCUUCCUCGUGUCAGCAGUCUGACACAGCAUCAACCCCAAGGAGCAGCAUAUACACCAGUCAUGAGAGUGUCACUUAUCAUUCUAGUGCUAUACCAGGCUACACUAGCACUGAUGACUCUUCUUAUAAGGAUGGUUAUGAAUCCUAUGACAGUGAGCCCUCAUAUCCUCCCUAUAUUCCUCCCUACAUACCUCAGUUUGGCAGUGUUCGUGUGGACGUUUGAUAUGUAAUGAAAACACUAAAUUUUUCCCAAUCUUGUAUAUUAUUUUUUGUGUUAUGCAUACAUGUAUAUAUAUAUAUAUUAUAAUUAUUAAAAUAAAGUUAAAC